UAGCUGAAGGAGCGCUAUCUUCCUACUAUCGCAGAGCCUGGCUUACCUACCGCGUCAACCGCUCAUACCGCUCACACCGCUCUCCGUCUAGCCUCGCCUCGCCUAACCUAACCGCUGCACAAUAGAUACACUACAGUGCAGGCUGCCCAUCGACCCACUAUCAUGACAGACUAUUUGAGGUCACCAGUUUUCCAACUCAAAUGCGUAGAACUGUUGUUGGGACUGGUGGCGAUAGCAUUUAUCAUUGCCUCGGCGACUCCUUCCACGUCAGUAUUUCUCACCCAGGUCGUUCACUUCACACUCUUUGGCUACUCACUAUUAGAUCUUCUAGUGAUCGGCGGCUUCUUCCUCAGAGAGCCUGUCUCUAAGUUCCUGAUUCUAGUGGUAAGCCUGAGUGGGGCACUCUUCAGCUUCGUGUCAGCUAUAGUGCUGAUAGUGGGCUGGAGUCAGCAGGACCUAGGCCGACUUCUGAUUUCCGCCAUUGCUACAAUACUCAAUACGAUCGCUUACGCAGGCGAUUCUUAUUACAUUAUCAGAUUUUCUUCCGAUUAACUGUUAUAUUCUGAAUGUAUAUAUUGUUUUUCCAAGAUGUAUCCAUACUGGACAUUCUCAUGAUUUGUGUAAAUAAAACAAACUAAAUAAAAA